AUGGUAGAAUUUCCCGCGAAUGUUUGCAAUCCCUUUCUUACCCUCUCUCUCAACCAAAAAAACAUAAGUGCUCGUCUUCUCAGUUCACUCUCGGAUAAUUUUCAAUUUCAAAAUUUCCAAUUUCUCCAAAUCCGAUCAACAACUAAGGGUGGAAGGGACAAACCAAAUGCUACCAAAUCAGUUUCAAGAUCUUCAAAGGCCGGACUUCAAUUCCCCGUUGGAAGAAUCGCAAGAUUCCUCAAGGCCGGAAAAUACGCUGAACGUGUUGGUGCCGGUGCUCCGGUAUACCUCUCUGCGGUCCUUGAGUAUCUCGCUGCUGAGGUUGGGAACGCUGCUAGGGACAACAAGAAGAUUCAACUUGCUGUUAGGAACGAUGAAGAACUAAGCAAGCUUUUGGGAGCUGUAACCAUUGCUAAUGGUGGUGUUUUGCCUAACAUUCAUCAGACUUUGCUGCCAAAGAAGUCUGGGAAGGGAAAAGCCGAAAUUGGAUCUGCUUCUCAAGAAUUUUAGGGUUUAUGUGAUCUGUUUUGAGUAGCUCUCAGUUUUUUUAUGCCGCAGUUGUAACUUUCUAUCUGCUCCAUUCAUGAAAAGAACAAUAUUGAAUAAUGAAUUCGUUGGUUUCAA